GGAUCCCGUUUUUCCUGCCGCUCGCGCUCAUCCAUCGGAGGAUGCUCCGGCCAUGACGCGGCUGCCGGCGCGGUCCGGGGGCUCCGCGCGUCCCUCGGGAUCCGGGCUUGGCUCGCCGGGGAACUUGGCGGAGCUGCCGGUGGUCGUUGUUCCCCGCAAGGACGGAGCGCGGCCGCGCUGAUCCCGGGGCAGCAGAGCCGGUGGCGGUGCCGGCGGGAGCGCUGACCAUGUUCAACGGGGAUGCCAGCUCCUCAUCCGCCAGGAAUGUGGUGCGCAGCUCCAGCAUCAGCGGCGAGAUGUACAGCCUGGAGAAGAGCGCGCGCGGCAGCGCCGACUCCGUCAGCGUCACCGCCAGCAAGAAGCGACGCUCCAGCCUGGGCGCCAAGAUGGUGGCGAUCGUGGGGCUGUCCCAGUGGAGCAGGAGCACCCUGCAGCUCAACCAGACCGAGGGAGGCCCCAAAAAGCUGCGCAGCACCAUCCGGAGGAGCACCGAGACCGGCAUCGCCGUGGAGAUGAGGACCAGGGUGACCCGGCAGGGCAGCCGGGAAUCCACGGACGGCAGCACCAACAGCAACAGCUCCGACGGCACGUUCAUCUUCCCCACCACCCGGCUGGGAGCAGAGAGCCAGUUCAGCGAUUUCCUGGACGGGCUGGGCCCGGGGCAGCUCGUGGGGCGGCAGACCCUGGCCACCCCCCCGAUGGGCGACGUCCACGUGGGCAUGGCUGAGCGCAACGGGCAGCUGGAGGUGGACGUGAUCCAGGCCAGGGGACUCAUCCCGAAGAUGGGCUCCAAGUGCAUCCCUGCCACCUACGUGAAGGUUUACCUGCUGGAGAACGGCGUCUGCCUGGCCAAGAAGAAGACCAAGGUGGUGAAGAAAACCUGCGACCCCUCGUACCAGCAGCCGCUGCUCUUCGAGGAGAGUCCCCAGGGCAAAGUCCUGCAGGUGAUCGUCUGGGGCGAUUACGGGCGCAUGGACCACAAGUGCUUCAUGGGGAUGGCCCAGAUCAUCCUGGAGGAGCUGGAUCUCUCCAGCGCCGUCUCGGGCUGGUACAAACUCUUCCCAACCUCGUCCCUGGCCGACUCCAGCAUCGGACCCCUGACCCGCCGCCUCUCCCAGUCCUCCCUGGAGAGCUCCACCAGCCCCUCCUGCCCGUAGAGGCUGGGAUUGGGAAGGAGGCAUCCAAGGAGACCUUGCAGAACUGGUCGUGGAGAGCUGUAAAUAUCCUAAAUAUCCUUUUUUUUUUUUUUUUUUUUUUUUUUUUUUCCAUUUUCGAUCUCCUUCCCCCCCCCCCAAAACAAAUCCGCCCUCCCCGGGAAGGGAGAGGGAGCGAGGGCGGGCUGGGAAGGAGAGGAGAAAAUUCCCUCGGAGGGCUGCGACUGCCAACGAUCCCAGACUGUUCCCAGACCUCGUCCUGGAAGCUCCCAGGCUCUCUCCCGACCCCGCUGGGUCUGGCUGAGGACGAGGUUCCUUUGUCCUCCCAUCCCCUUCCCCUGCCUCCGAGGAAAAGGUGGCUUUUCCAAAGGGGGGAAAACCCCACGGAACUCGGAACAAACCCAACUCAGCACUAUUUUCGUUUCCCAAGGAAUGUAGCAUCUUCUCUUAUGUAGCUUUGCCACGUGCUAACAACACACUCACUGCAAUAUCCAAGAGAACUCCGGAUGGACCGGGAGCAUCUGCCAGUCUCAUCCCAUUUUGGUCGCUUUCCCAGCACUUUUGGUGGCCAUUUCCCUGCCUUUUUUUUUUUCCCCCUUUUUCCCCGGAUAUAUAUAUAUAUAUAUAUAUUUUUUUUUUCGGUUUUCCCGGGAGCAUGUAGCCUGUGACCGUUGCCAAAGCAAGAGGGGACAGGGAGAAGGGCGCUCGCCUCCCCUCGGCGUCCACUGGGCUCCUCCUCGUGUCUCCCCGCUGACCGCGCUCGUGUCCGGCCAAAACCGGAGCCAAAGGACAAACCCUGGGAUCGCCUCGCGGGAGGCGGGAAAAGGCGACCCAAGGGAGCGGGAAUAGCGGGAUCCUGGCGGAUCGGCUGCCUCCCAGCCCCCUCCUUCCCAGCUGGAGGGCUGGGAUGCUCUCCUCGGAGCUGGGAUGUCCUCCUUGGGGUCUGGCUGUCCCUCCUCAGGGUCUGGGGAGCCCUGCUUGGGGCUGGGAUGCUCUCCUCGAGGUCUGGAAUGCUCUCCUCGAGGUUGGGAUUCCCCUCCUCAGGGGUUGGGAUACCUUUCUUGGGGUCUGGAAUAUCCUCCUUCGAGCAGGAUGCUGUCCUCCAAGGCUGGGAUUCCCUCCUCAGGGGUUGGGAUGACCUUCCCAAGAUCUUGGAUCCCCUCCGGGAGAUGCCCUCCUUGGAGCUGGGAUCUCCUCCUCCUCCUCCAGACUGGGCCGUUCUCCUCCAGGUGUGGGAUUCCCUCCUCAAGGUGUGGGAUUCCCUUCCCGGGCUCCAGCACGCUCCCCACGAGGUCUGGGACGUGCUCCUUGGGGUUGGGACACCCUUCUGGAGAUCUGGGAUGCUCUCCUGGAUACCUGAAUUCCAAGCAGGAGCGGGAUCCAGCCCUGGAUCUCUCCAGGGGAGCAUCUCAAGAGCAGCUCUGGAAUUCGGGGGACAGACAAAGGAGCGGGAGUUCCUGAGCGGGAUGAGCGUUUUUGGGGUUCUUUUGUUCGUUUCGUUCGUUUUUCCAAGCAGCAUUUUGGUUCCCUCCGAGGGAUCCAGUUCUUGUAGCAAACCCGGGAAUUACGGAAGCUUUUUUUGAAGGUGCCUAUUGAAAUUUGCUGAAAUUACUCAGGGGAGACACCACUAGAAACUCUUGGUUUCUUCAUCAAAUAUUCCUAAAUCCAAUGACUGUCCUGAAGGAUCAGUUCCCAAGAGAGAAGGAACAAAAUCCCGACACGCCAGAAGAUGAGGAGACUGGAAGGGGACAAGAGGUUCAUGGGGAAUUUCACGGGGCUGGCUCUGACCUUCAGUCUUCACCACAAAGCACCCCACGGCACGGCUGGGGUUUUUUAUAGGAUUCCUUCUCGGCAAAACACGGAAUUCCACGACGCACAGAGCACAACAAACCCACCUGGGCUUCUCCUGGUGGCACCGGGAAUGAAGAACCAGCUCAGCCAGAGCGGGACAAACCCAAACCGGAAGGAAAGGACUGUUGGGAUGGAACUGUUCCCUCCACAAACCCAACCCCAAACCCGGGGGUCCAUAAAACCAAACCUGGGAGUCCUCAACCCCAAAUCUGGGCAAUCAUAAAUCCAGUCCCAGGGGUCCACAAAUGCAAACCUGAGGGUUCACAACCCCAAACCUGGGGUUCCACCGAGCCAAAACCCGAGAAUCAACAACCCCAAAUUGAGGGAAUCAUAAACCCAAACCUGGGGGUUCUCAAAUCCAAGCCUUGAGGUCCGCACCCCCAAAUCUGGGGGCCCAAAAGCCCAAACUUGGUGUUCUGUAACCCCAAAUCUGCGGUUCUGCCGACCCAAAUCUGGACCCCCAAACUUGGGUGUUCACAAAUCCAGAUCUGGGGAAUCAUAAUUCCAAACCUUGGGGUCCACCGGUCCAAACCUUGGGGUUCCACAGACUCAGAUCUGGAGUUCCAUAACCCCAAAGCUCCACAGCCCCGAAUCUCGGGCUCCACAAAUCCCCAGACCUGGGAGUCUACAAACCAGACCCGCGGGUCUGCGAACCCAAACUUUGGGGUCUGCGAACUCAAACUUUGGGGUCUGCGAACUCAAACUUGGGGUUCCACCAUCCCACACUUGGGGUUCCACGAUCCCACACUUGGGGUUCCACGAUCCCAAACCCGUGGCCGGCGGGACUCGUCUGCACCGUGGCCAAUUCGCUCGGCACCGCCACAACCUCGCUGACGGGGACUCGGAGCUGCUGCCGUGACUUUGCCGAGCCCAAACCACCAAGAAGGGAAUUUGCCGGAUCCUGCUGAGCUGGGAUGGGGAAAAGUUCAUCCUUUCCAACCCCGCCCCGUGAAGGAAGAAGGAUGAAAUCCUCCUCUGCUGGUUGGAGCGCGGGCCGCGAUUCCUGGAUGGAGACCUCUGGGAAUGUGAAUCCUGAACCUCUGGUGGUUUGGGGAACGAACUCGGUGCCCUGAGUGCUGAGACAGGAACAAACAAUGCCUUGGACUCGUCGUUCCCUCCCGAGCACGGGGCCAUUCCGCGAGGCCGACGGAAUCACGGCGAACGGAAUUCCACGAGGCUCAACCUGCCGGAGCCUGUGCCGGAUUCUCGACUCUCCAUGAGGGAAAGCAUCCCAAAAGGAAAAGCUUUCUCCUCCUCCGAGCUGCCGCUCUUCCCUCCGGCUUCAUCAGCUCGGUUCUGACGGGAAAACUCCAAAUGUGCCGUGGUGGGAUUGUCCCAGGCGGAGCGGGAGCGUGGGCAGAGCGGGGAGCGGAGCAGGGACGUUCUGCUCCUGGCGUGGGCACAGCUUCCCACCCCCUCCGCAUUCCCGCAUUCCCUGCCAGGAACAUCCCACGGCUGUGCCGUGCCUGGAGCAGGAGAUGAGCAGCGGAACCACGCGCUCCCCGAGGGCCAGGGAGAGAAUCCCUGGGUUUCUGCUGGAAAAAUCCCGGUGAAAUUCCACCCGGGAACGAGGGAGAGCCGAAGGUUUUGGCGCUGGGAUCACCGAGGAUGAGUCGGGGGUGACAAGGACGAAGUGCAGCCCUCGGUGGGAGGGGUUCCUCCUGCUCCUGGAGGAGUGGGAACACCACGGAGCGACACCGAAAUCCAGGGAAACAUUCCCUCCUUCCCUUCCAGUCCCCCACUCGCUUCCCAGCGGGAACGACCCACCUUAAACUGCCGUGGGAAACCCGGACUGGGGGAAGAGCCGGGAUUGUGCCACACCGGGGUUGCAGCAUCAUUUCUCAACCCCCAGCACCUCGUGUCGGACGUUUUCCUUCCUCAAACGACGACAAAAACACAGCCAAGACACCCAGAAAUCCCAAACCGAGCCCCGUGCCAGCUCCUGAGGGGAUGAGCUCCAUCCCAGGAAAAAAUUCCUGCACUCCAAGGUUGGUUGGUUGGUUGUUGUUUUUCUGGGGGAAUGUUUUCCCGCAAAGGGCAUUUUCUUGAUGUGCAAUAGGAUUUGCAAAAUUCCCUGGAAGAGAUUGUGAGUUUGAUGAUUUCCUCUAUUUUCUGUCAAGGAAAGAAAUCCAAACCACUGGAUUUGGCACAGAUUUUGUUGGUUUUUGUUUUUUUUUUUUUCCUGGAAAGAGGAAUGAAUGUGGAGUUAAAUCAGUUUUUCAGCCCGUUUGACACCCAGCCCCCGCCCGACACUGCCAGAGCUGAAAUCCAAACCCCCAGCCGGAAUCACGAGGAUGGACUUGACAAAAAAACCCCUUGGAAUGAUGCUGAAACAUCCCCUAAAAGCUGACAAAAUUCACACAGAGCACAGAAAACGCUCCAAGAUUCCGGGCCCGAGUUAUCCCUGGUUUUCCACCAGCCUGGAAUGGGUCAGGUUUGCCGAAGUCCAGUGAAAAUUUCCAAGGAAUUGGGAUCAGUCAGAAUCCAGCUCCUGUUUCACCACCACCAUCAGGGCACGCUGAGAACCUGGGAGAGGAGGUUUGGAUGGAGUUUUCCCGAAAUCCAGAGGAAUACAGCACCAAAUCCCUGAACCUACUGCCACAGAGCACAGAGAGUGGAGGGAAAAAAUUCCCUCCACCUUUCCCAGCCCUGCCAACCUUUCCUCCAGGAGCUGGGAGCUCCUGAUUCCAAACAGACCAGGAAUUCCUCAGGAAUGGGAUCAGGGAUUCCCUUGGCUGACAGGGAAUCUCUUCCGUUCCCACAACUUGGGAAAUCCAGCCUGGAUUCCACAAUUCCCACCUGGACUCACAAACCCCAGCAGGGCAGGGAGGGUUUUUCCAAAAAAGUGCACCAGGGAUGUUUUCCCAGGCGGAAAACUUUUCUUCCAGUUGACUCAGACGCUUCUUUCCGGACGGAUGGGAAACUCCUGGAUGUGGGAACCUCUGGAAUGUUUGGGAUUGCUUUGGAAAAAAUCACGGAAUUGUGCAGAUCGAGGAACAGUGGCCGGGCUGAAUCCAACCUGAUUUUUCCUCACGGAUGGGAAGAGCUCUCCCUGCUUUCCCUGAGGAUUUCACGGCUGCAGAUGGAUGUGGAGAAUUCCCUGCGGGAACAGCAAGGUUUGCAUCCCGCUCUGCCGGCCCUUUCCCGGUGUUUUUGCAGCAAAGCUGUUCCGACUGGAAGUUUCCCCUCUGCUCCACAGGAUCCCAGCCUGGUUUGGGUGGGAAAGAUCCCAAAAUCCAUCGAAUUCCAGCCCUCAGAGGCUGCUCCAAGCCCCAUCCUGGGACACUUCCAGGCACAGGUUUCUCGUGGAGAAACCCUUUCCCAAUCCUUGGCUGGUUGGUUAAAGGCGUGAAAAAAAAUCACUUUUAGGAGCUGAGAAGCUGCAGGAAAGACUUUUUAGGAUUUAAAAAAAAAAAAAAAGGCAUCCCAAGUAACGGGGCUGGAAUUUUUGGGGGUCACUCCAUGACCGGGUGGGACAAUCCUGCUCACCUGAGGAAGAUUUUGGGGUUAAAAAGCCUUGGAAAAGCGUCCAAGCGUUGGUCUGGGUGUCUGAGGAACCUCCACGUUGUGGGAACCCCCCCGAGCAUCCCUCAGGAACACCGGGAUGGGCUCCAGGGAUCCGGGAGAAUCCAGGAGAUCCCGGUGCUCCCCCAGGGUCGGGAGCUGCCGUGCCCAGCUGGAGCUCCGGUUCUUGCUAUACCUCAUCCUUUCCUUUUCCUUGGAUCCUUCCCUCUUCCCACUUUUUCCAUUCCUUUAGGACCCAGAGCUUGUGCACUCGGCCACAUCCAGGGUUUUUGUUUGUGUGUUUGUUUGUUUGUUUCCCUGUGGAACGAAAAGCAAUCCAUGAUUGGGGCGGGCAACUCCCAACCCUGCUCCCUUUGGGAUUUGAGCCCAGGGCAAGGGAAUCCCGGGGCUGGAGGGAUGAUCCAGAGGGAUCCAGGGGCUGGAGGGAUGAGCCAGAGGGAUCCCUGUGCCCCUUUCCCAUCUUCCCUGUCCAGCAGCUCCUCCAGGGCUGCCCUGAACCCCCCAAAACCUUCCCAGGGGUGGGCGAGGGCCUCAAUUCCAAAAUCCAGGGCUGCUCCCGCCUUUGGAAGGGCACAAAUCCCUUCCCAAAUUGAUUUCCAAAGCCCUUGGAGGGGCACAGAGCCCUUGGAAGGGCACAAAUCCUUUUCAAAAGCCCUUGGAAGGGCAAAAAACCCUUGGAAGGGCACAAAUCCCUCUUCAAAACCCUUGGAGGGGCACAAAUCCUUUUCCAAAGCCCUUAGAAGGGCACAAAUCCCUCUCCAAGUAUCUUGGAAGGGCACAAAUCCCUCUCCAAAACCCUUGGAGGGACACAAAUCCCUUCCCAAAUCCUUUUCCAAAGCCCUUGGAAGGGCACAAAUCCCUCUCCAAAGCUCCUGGAAGGACAAGGAGCCUCUGGAGCGGGCAGUGAAGGUGUCCCACCCUCGGGAGAGGACGGGUGUGGAAUGCUGAUCCCAUUCCCUACAGGAUCCCAGCUCCCUCCGGCUCCAAAAGGAGUUUUCUCCCGCCACAGGGAAUAUCCCAAAGGAAUUCCCCGAUCCUGAGGGAGCCCCUGAAUGUUCAGAGCACUUUGAAGUUGGUGGCCUUGUUUUCUUAAAGGGCUUUGAUCCUUUCAUGAAAGGAGAGAAUCUUUCCCCAAUCCCAUCCUCCUCCUCCUCCCCAGCUCGGAAUUCAUCCCAGGAAUGUUCAGGAUGAUCCAGGACUCCGGAAUCUGUCAUUAAUCCCUCAAGUUUACACCUAAAAAAGCGGCUCUGGGGAGAGGAAAGUCGGGAAUUUCUCCUGGAAUUUGGGUUGGCAGCAGCACCAGGAAAAUAAAAAUGGAGUGGGCGGUGGGGGGGGGGGAAAGCCCUGAUGGAUUUUUAGGAAUAGGAAAAAGAAGUUUGGGAAUGUUUAUCCCGUCCGAAAAUUCUGGAUUUUCCAUGCAAACAGAGGGAUUUUAUCCAUAGUAAGCAAUCUUUCCAUACCCAGCUUCCCCCCCUAAAAAGUUUGAGGGGGGAAAAAAAAGGGAAUUCUGGAAUUCCAGAUCGGUUUGGGUCCAUUAAAAAUAAACCAGAAGGGAAUAAAAGCCUGGGAAUGAUGAGGGACGAAAGGCAAGGAGGUGCUCCCAAAGCUCUGCCAGAAAUUCCAAACCCUUGGAAGCUGAGGCUGAAAGGAGGGAUGGGGCUGAAAGUGCAAAACCCCACCAGGACCCCAAAAUCCCUCCCCAUUUUCCAGCCUCAAAUCCGCCCAAAUCUGCAUGGAAAGGGAUUACCAGGAGAGGUGGGGAAGUGUCAGAGCUUAAUUAAUCCCGAGUUAAUUAAGCACUAAAUGAGAAGGUGACAGCUGAGGGGGGGAAAGGAGAGCCAGGGGAAGACUUUCCUUGGAUAUUUUAGGAUUUCUGGGAGCUGGGAUGGGAGCAGUGACUCCACCUCGCUCAAUUUGUGCUAAACUCGGUUUAAUGACAGAUUCCUCCCAUUCCACAACUCCACCCUCCCCAAAAAAUCACCGGGAACGGGGGGAACUGGAGCAUCCUUGGAGCCCCAGUCCCACAUCCAAGAGAAGGGGAUGGGUUUGGGACGGCUACAGAAAAAGCGGGAAUAUUUAAAACAAAAACAAAAAACCCACAAAAAAAAAAAAAAAAAAAGGAGCAAAUGGAAUUUUCUACCUGUGUCCCGUCCCGUUUUUCUAUGUGUGUGUGGUCCUUUCUUAAAUGUCAAACUCUUGUAUUUUUGUGGUUUCUAUCUGCGGGACCGACGGCUCUGAGGGCGCACGUUGUUUUGUAAAAUAUUCCUGACAUUUUUUUCCUUCCUCAAAAAACAAAAAAAAAAAACCCCAACAACAACUACAAAAAAAAAAAAAAAAAAAAGGGAGGAAAAGCUGAAUUAUUUCACCUUUGAAUUGGCUUUGCAUGUACAGUAUCGGGGCAGCAAGUGGAGAUGAUUAAAGCCAGCUUGAAAACUU